GCCUGUCAACACUUUCUACAUCAGACAGUCUACUUCCUAAACAAUUCUUGUGAGGUUUUCUUGUUUGUUCGUACAGGACGGUUCGUUUGGCUCCGGUCAAGCGGUCGUCCGUUGGCCAGAUACCCCUGUCAAUACACAAUUCUUACGAGUUGUGUUCAAACACGAGGACGAUCCCCGCUUCGGUGGCAUCGUCAACGUGCCAACGUGCUACCUUACUUCCUUCUCACUCAACGGUCGACUGCGACCGCCAGUGCUUGGAAGCAUGGGCCGAAAGCCGAACCCGUUACUGGUGGAAUACUUUACACGAGGCAAGAAGAUCAACGAGCGAUCCAACCGCUAUGAACAUACCUGCAAGCUCUGCGGGGAGUUUUUCCCAAAAGGACGUAUAGAAUAUCUCCUUGGACACUUGACAAAGAAAUGUGUUGGUCUCUCGCUGGCAGACAAAACCAAGAUCGUCUUGCGUGCCCAUGAUCUCGCGGAUCCGAGCGCUGAGAUCGCGGCCAAUGCUCUGGCGACAGAGGAGCAACAUCCAAGCGAAGAAAGCCCUCUCAGUCUGCCGUUCUCUCCCAGCCGACCACAAAACUUCAAUGCUCUGAACGUCCUUGCAGAGGCUUCUCGCCAAGUGGGAGGCGACAAGCAGGGUCAGGGUCAGGGUCAAGGCCAGGGCCAGAACCAAGACCACGGGCAAACCGCUCCAUUGGAUCCGCAGCUCGCUCAAGAUAGUUUUGAACGCCAGUUGCUCGAAACGUCCGACAAUGGAAUGGGCAUGCGAAACAACAGUUUUUCUGUCCCAAAUGGACAGACGGUGCCUUCAUUGUAUCCUUACCUCCCCGGUGCUCUGCCAGUCACCCAAGAAGACCUCCUCAGAUCCAUGCCUCUUGUUAGCACCAAUUCUCCAGAUCUCAGUACGAUCGCAGCUUCCGCCAACGAGACUUUGGCGCACGGAGUACUAGACCCGGGCCUCUCGAUGCCGCAGGACGACGUCUCUACAGCUCUUCUAGACAGCUUACAGGCACAUAAUUCGUCUCAACCUCAGUCACAGAUCAAUUGGUCUGUUUUGCCUCGGGCACUCGGUGACGAAAAGUAUCUGACGCAGGCUCGGCACUCUGCAUUGACCUCUCCCGACGAGUCUUCCAGUCCAUCUCAGCCCCUAAGACCAAUUGCAAUGAACCCCAAAACUCGAGCCGUCAAUUUCAUAUCAGAGCCUGGAACUCCAAACAAGGUCCAAAAGCCCAAAUCUCGCGGUAAAUUCACACCGGAUAGGAGAAAGGAGGUACGUGAACUUCGCAGAGUCGGGGCAUGCAUGCGUUGUCGGAUGUUGAAGAAGACGUGCUCGCAAGAGACGCCAUGUCAGACCUGUGUGGCCGUGGAAACUCCUCGACUAUGGAAGCACUCAUGUGUGCGAACAAAGUUGGUUGAAACUUUCCCACUCUAUUUCGUCAGCCUAUUCGGUACGACGGCAUAUAUCGAAGUCAACAUGCUCAAAAGCAACUCAGACAUUGAACGUCUAGAUGGAGAGAUUGAAGCCAACGUGUUCAGCGAGGCUCCGAUCGUCUUCAAAGGUCUACGCGUACAUCUUCGGCCCAAUUCUGAACAAGCCGCACAAUUCCCUGGUCUGGUUGAUACUUUCUUGAUCGACGUAGAAAGUGAAAAUCUGACGCCCAAGGUGGAACAAUACCUCCGAGAGUCGAGCACGCAAUAUAUGAUGCAGCAAGAAGCCUGCCCGGUUAUGACAGCCAGCUUAAUUUCAGCAGUAGCCAUCAGAGAUGCACAAGCGACAUCGUCCAACGGUACUGGCACGCCUUCGGACAAACCGGACAACUUGAUUGCCGAUGUGAUCGAUCUCUGCACAGCAACUAUCAUUCUGACGGAGGCGAAUCUUAAGUGGAUGCUGAACAUCGGUCAAGGACCCGAUGGGGAGAACCAGGUGCUUCGAGGCGAGAAAUUUGCGCAGGACAUCAUCAUCACACAGCUGUACGCGGUGAUUGAGAGUCGUGCGGCGGUUCUGUGCCGUGCGGCAAUGCACCAUUUUGAGCAGCGGGUGCUGUCACGCCACAAGAGCAGCAACUUCGAAACCUUCCUAGCGGCAUUUCUUCUCCUGACCUGUGCGGAGAGAAUGAGCUGGUUGUUCAAAUGCUACACGGACGACGAGGCUAAGCGAUCCGUCUGGCCGCUUACCAACUCCUCCGCUGACUCCUACGCGAACAAAGGCCAGGGCCUGGCAUCGUCUAUCCACCUCUUACUACAUAUGAGACAGGUCGAGCCUAAGAUCCAGCUCGAUGCACAAUCAGGCCGAUUCGUGGCCCAAAAUUCAGAAGACCGCGAUCUGGCCGCUUGGCUCGAAGGUACUAGUAUGUCUAAGGAUCUACUUACUCGCCGAGCGACAUCGAGCUUCAAUCUCAAAGAUUGUCGUUCCCUCGACGGCACUUUGUCGUCCCGACUGCUGCUGCAAGUUGGAGGACCGCAAGACUGAGUGGCGAUGGGGAAAGUUGGAACAUGGUCGAUCAAUGCAGUUGUUUUGCAGAGGUUCGUUCCCGGUAUUGGUGGCAGUAAUGAAAGUGUGCCAUGGAUAAAACGCACAGAUUCUUCGCGGCGUCUUUAUUUUGUCAGUGUACAGGAAUGAAUGAUGUUACGAUUACACGAAGGAAUGAUGCCGAGAUAGAUGAUGGGAAGAUUUGACGCGAGAGACGAGAGAAAUGAGCGAGAGCAAGAUACCCCAACGAAGUAAUCAUUCAGGGAUUGGCGCGGAAACGGCAAGGGGAUCUUGUGGUAUAAGCCAUAGUCAUAGCCAGAGCUACUACUUCCUUGCCACCGAAUAGCAAGGAGGAUGUCAAAGCACUACAACUGCUGCCACAAAUAGGCAAACAUGGUAGGUUACAUUGACGCUGCCACGGCAACCUUGUUGUAUUUCCAGCCCAAUAAUUUCAAAGUGGUCUAGGUGCUA